AAUGGCAUUCCGUAAGCGUCGUCACGAUUCGGAAGGAGAUUCCGAUGAAGAGAGACUUCCGAUCAAUAAAGAUGAAGAUGAGGAUCUGAAAGCUGAACCGGCAAAAAAGUCGAAAAACAUGUGGUCAGAUAUGUUGCUCGAGGAGCAACUUCUCGAAAAAGGUCAACAAAUUAAUUUGGAUCGAACAUCAAGAAAGCAGCCAAAUGUUUCACGUGGUCCUGAAUCUUAUUUGAUGCCACAGGACGAAUUUCAGCGGAAACAAUCGAGAAAUGCUAAUCAAAAGAAAAAGAAUGAGGUGUUCGAUAAGCCCGUAGUCCUUGUCACCCCAGCAAGCGAUGAUCUCUUCGGAGACGCUCCAUCAGCUUUAAACGAGGAUUUUGGAGUGAAAAAGAACGAUGUGAAGCUGCCAAAAGACGAUGAAGCUGGAUGGUGGGGAAAGAAAGGUGCAAAUAAGAGAUAUAAUGAUCGAAUGGGAUAUCAUUCUGGAGGUCCUCGACAACCUUAUCCACGAAAGACAACUGGUCAACUGAUGGCUUCUGAGUAUUCACUGGAAUCUAUGGUUGCAGCUGAAUUUGCUCCGAAUUUGAGUACGAAAGAGUUGGGAACUCAGAUGGCCGCCGCAAUGGGAGAAAAGGAUCCGGAUACGGUGAAAAAGAUUACAAACGCGAUUGGCUCGGAACUAUCGAUUAAAUUAUUCAAUGAGACAAAAGAAAUCGAGCAAAAUGGUGGAAUGAAGACUGCGGAUGGAAGUCGUCGUCGGACUCCCGGUGGAGUAUUCAUUACACUUUUCAAGAUGGAUUCAUCGGUUAGCCGAGAGAUUAAGGAUGGCAUUUUUGGAGAUAUGAGGAAUGCUGAAAAAGAGAGAACUAAGAAGAAGAAGGGAGAGAAACAGUUUACGAGACAGCUUGAAGAUAUGAAGAAAACGAUGGAACUCGCCGCUCAAGCCGAAACCGAUUUGGCAAACGAAGAGCAGCUCGCCACCGCCGUGGAUGCUCCAUUCAGUGACGAUGCAGUCGAUAUGGUCUAAUUGAAUUUUCCCGGUUUAACUCUUUGUCUCAUUGUUCUCUUUGUUUCAAUUUUAAUCUCCCACUUUUCAAAUCGACGGUCGAGUUUUCUCCUAUUUUCUAGGCCACCUCUCAAAUAUCCAACAUCAUGUUCCAUUGUCAAAAUGUUGUUCAAUUGUUAUUCUUCUCCCCUUCUCAUUUUUUUCCCACUUUUUGUAAAAGAGCACAAAUUGGCGUCAAUUUUGCUCUUAUGUGUCCCUGCCCAAUGGAUAAUAUAAGUUAAUAAAGUCGACUAUA